GGUGUAGCCCUACAGUAGGCAGCCGUACCUACUUGAAGGUGCUUGUGGCUGCAGUCGCAGGCGGAUACAGACGCUCGAUACGAACACCGGCGGCUCCAUCUGCCGCGUUGUCCAAGAUUUUAAAUGGAAUUAUGUACUGUGAUUAAUCCAUGAGAGGCGCUCGCGGCGAGUGCGGCAGCUGGAGGAAAAAAUCAAGCUGCAGAUGAAUGCUAACAUUCUUCGAGUAAAGCGCGUGAAAACACUUUGAAACUAGUCACAAUGAACAGGAUGAGCAAAGGCCGAAAUUACCAUGCGGUGGAUUCCUGGCAAGAAAAUCAGAGCGGCUGAUGAUCCUCGAGGAUGUUGGAGCAUGUUUCAUGAGACAAAAAGAAAGAGUUAGCAGCUUAAUUGGCAACGGUGGAAAAUUAUCAAAGAAUAAAAGAAGACACACAUCACAAAUACAACAAAGAUGAACAUCAAACGGUUACCGGGUUUCAUAAUCCACUACAAACUCGUUUCUGUAGCAGCAUUUCUCGUACUGGCAUCCAUCGUCUACUUGCUUAUCCACUGGGGGAUAAUGUGCACGAAUUUAGAGGCCUGGAGCCACGUAUCCAGAGUCUGCUCCUCGCACAGCUCUGGGACUGCAGCAGGAAUAUUGUGUGGUCCCCUAUGUUCUGAGAAAAGAAUUCACUCUCUGGCUUGCGAGACGCUGCACGCCGGGAAGGAAGCCGUCUUCUCCGCGCAUUGGGAGACCACAAGGCUGGUCUUUAAGGCUUCCAGGAUACAAUCGAAUUCCGAUCAAUCGGAGUCCCUUUUCUGGACGGACACCGAUGGUAUCAAGCAUUUCCCUUCCGAGGAAGAGUUCGCGGACAUGAUUAGAGACCUGAUAACGAACAAUUUGAACCUGACGAUCACCGACGAGCAGCUAAAACGUUUAAGCCGCUUGCGACGACACCACGUCGAGACCAACCCGACCCGACGCAAUCUGGAAAUGGAGAAUGUCUGGCCACUCCUUCAGGAGAACGAGUACAUCCUGUCGAUCAUCUACGAAGACAGGGACGUGUUUCCACAGCUGAUCGGAACCUGCGGUACCUUUUUCGCAGUCGAAUACGUCAAGCCUAUCCAAACGCCGACCGGAGUUCUUGCUCUCUCGGAUUCGAAACCAGAGUGGGCAAAGAGGUUGAAGCUGGCCGUGAUGAUCCUCGACCUCCUCGAGGAAUUCGACUCGAAUUUCGUAGAGCCUUUUCAUCUCUGCGACGUGAAGAUCAACCACUUUGGACUGCCUCCCGGGGGUCAAAGAUUGAAGUUCCUUGACCUGGACGCGGUAUUUUCCAGAACGGCACUUACUCGCCUCUUGGCUGACGGACGAUCCUGCGAGAGACACGAGGACUGUGACUUCUUUGAUUGCAGAUCAUUUUGUUCGUCGAAACACAAGUGCGAGUCUCCGGUAGUAAACAACAACCUUCAGAUAAUAUGCGAGAAGAUCUUUCUCGGCUGGACAUUGUCCGGGACAAUAAUAAUCCCAGGCCUGUUAAUGUCUCAGCACACAACAAGCACUUUAGCGGUGAUGUUGAGGCAAUGUGCGAAUCCAGCCGGUGAUGUGACAAAUUUACCGAGGGCCGCUGUACCGGAUGGUUUGAAAUCAAGACUGUACAACAUGUUGAGCGAAAUGGAACAACAGUUCAACACUCCGGAGUGAUCAAAUCGACUUGGGUCUUCUAAACAUGAUUUGAACAUUUGAUGAUGGAGAAUGUUGUCGUCAUCAACGAGAAAGCUCGCAGUGCUUAGAGGUAACGUGUCAGUUGGCAAGAAAUAAACCAGUGCGUCAAACGCGCAUGUUCGAAUGAGACGGAAUUUUCAGCAUGUAU